AUGACGUCUUCCUUGCCCCCUCGGGCCUCGGAGCCACGGGCUGGCGCGCUGCCGCCGCCCUCGAUCUUCAAGCAGCCACACUGCCCGCCCGGGAAGGCUCAGGCGGGUGACUCAUCGUCCCCAACCAGCGGCCGGCCUUCCUCGACCUGCGCCUCGGCAACACCAGCCCCGGAGGCGCCCCUUCGUACCUCGCCAAACCCGCCGCGCUCCUUUGCAGAGAUCCAACGGCAAGCCACCCUCACCCCUCCAAUGGCUCGGCGGCAGGCCCGGCUGGAAAGCAGCAGAGCCGGCCUGCACAACCGCCGGCUUCUCCAUUCUCUGCCAGUCGUUGGAAAGGGCACCGGGGAGACCCGUCGGGGGCAGCAGCCGCGCUGCAAGAAGACCUGCGACUCAGCCGCUCAGCGAGCCGCCCUGGUGGCUGGACCAGCGCCCUGCAGUUCCGCCGGCGACCUCCUCCUCCAGAGGCCGCCCAUGGCUGGCAGGCGGGGCUUGUGGCGUGACGCGGGCGGGCGGGCGCGGGAGAGGCCGGGGGUUCCUCGGCGGCGUUGGGGCGCGGGACCGGGGGCCGAGUUAGGGUUACGGAGGCUUUCUUGGACUGGGAGCUCCACCGCAGAGGCCGCGGGGGGAGGGAGGGGGAACUGGGAAGAAAGAAGCAGCAUUUCGCGGUCGGGAAGAAAAAACAAUCGUAUUCAUAUCACUGCCGUCAAUAAUCCUAUCAGUAAUUCUAUCACUAUGUAUGAGGGAGAAUCCGACCGAUUGCCUUUCAGCCCCCCCCCUCCACCCCCGUGCAAAAUGUAUUCCACCAUAAGCCUUGUCAUAGAUUCAGAAGAACCGACUCCUUCACAUAAAAUCAUCAGCCCACCCUCUGGAGUUGCUUACCCUCAUGACGAUGUCUCGGACUAUGGCCUCAAGCCGUACAGCCCCUUCGCUUUGUCUAGCCUAUCAGCAGAUCACAUGGGCAGAUACGGACAGCCAGAUAGCCUAGGGUCGAAAUGCUACUCGGACCCUGUCAAGGCUGCCGGUCCCCCUACUUUGAGCCCUAGGAUUGAGAUAACGCCAUCUUAUGAACUGAUUCACUCGGGGGGGCCCUUCUGCAGCAGAGACGCAGAUCUCUUGGUAGAGCAUCAGUCCAACUCCGCUACCGCUAGCCCAAGGUUUACCCUGCCUGUCCCCGGCUUUGAGAGCUACCGAGAACCGCUGUGCCUGAGCCCUCCUAGCAGUGGCUCCUCUGCAAGCUUCAUUUCAGAGACAAAUUUCUCUCCUUACACCUCACCAUGCGUUUCACCAAAUAAUGGCCCUAGUGAUGACCUUUGUCCACAAUUUCAAAACACCCAUGCUCAUUAUUCCCCUAGAACCUCGCCAAUAAUGUCUCCACAAGCAACCAUCGUGGAGGAUACCUGCUUGGGGCCACGUUCACCAUCGCCACGUCCCAACUCAAGGUCGUCGUCUCCGGGCGCAAAGCGGAGGUAUUCUUGCACUGAGCUCUACGGGAGUCAGCAGCCUUCCACUUCUCCACGGCAAUCGAGGACCCCUUCUCCACAGGCCUCUCCCCAGAUCCCCUUGAGGGACGACGGGUCUUCGGUCACUUACACCCAGUUGACCAGCUCUUCUAGCCUCAUGGAUGCAAUGAGCAACCUCACCACCGAUCCCUCCUGUGGAGUUCCCACAAAAAUAUGGAAAACCAGCCCCGAUCCGUCACUGAUGUCUCCUCACAAAGCCAGCAUGCCGUGUCAUGUGCUUCAGCCCAUUGAAUAUAUUGCUCCUUGUGAGCAGGAUGAUCGACGAAACCCACCACCUGACUCAAUCUUGUUAGUACCACCAUCUUGGUCAAAGCAGUUGAUGCCUGCAAUACCCAUCUGCAGCAUUCCUGUGCAAUCCCUCCCACCACUUGAAUGGCCUCUAGCCAGCCAUUCCGGCUCUUACGAACUGCGGAUUGAAGUGCAGCCAAAGCCCCACCAUCGUGCCCAUUAUGAGACGGAAGGGAGUCGCGGGGCAGUCAAAGCUCCAACCGGAGGGCACCCUGUGGUCCAGCUUCACGGUUACAUGGAUAACAAACCCCUCGGCCUUCAGAUCUUCAUCGGAACAGCAGAUGAGCGGAUCCUCAAGCCUCACGCUUUUUACCAAGUCCACCGCAUUACAGGCAAGACGGUCACCACCACCAGCUAUGAGAAAAUCGUCGGCAACACCAAAGUGCUGGAAAUCCCUCUGGAGCCGAAAAACAACAUGAAAGCAACGAUUGACUGCGCCGGGAUCCUCAAGCUGCGCAAUGCAGAUAUUGAACUCCGGAAAGGGGAGACAGAUAUCGGUCGGAAGAACACCCGAGUGCGGCUGGUCUUCCGGGUGCACAUCCCUGAAUCCAGUGGCAGGAUAGUUUCUUUGCAAGUGGCGUCGAACCCCAUUGAAUGCUCUCAACGCUCUGCUCAUGAACUUCCGAUGGUGGAGAGACAAGAUGUUGACAACUGCCUGGUAUACGGUGGGCAACAGAUGAUUCUGACCGGCCAGAAUUUUACUGCUGAGUCGAAAGUUGUCUUCACAGAAAAGACACCAGAUGGACAGCAGAUUUGGGAGAUGGAAGCCACGGUGGAUAAAGAUAAGAGCCAACCUAGUAUGCUUUUUGUGGAGAUACCAGAGUAUCGGAACAAACACAUUCGUACCCCUGUCAAAGUGAAUUUCUAUGUGAUCAAUGGAAAACGGAAAAAAAGUCAGCCGCAACAUUUUACCUACCACCCAGUGCCUUCAAUCAAAACAGAGCCCAUUGAUGACUAUGAUCCAGCUUUAAUCUGCAAUACAGUACACAGUGGUCUGGGCACAGUGACACAGCCUUAUUAUUCGCACCACACAAUGGUCACCGAAUCUCCUUCCUGUCUUGUGGCCACGAUGGCUUCCUGCCAGCAGCUGCGUUCAAGUCUGUCUUCCCCUGAAUCUCGAUAUCCUCAGCAAACCCCAGGGGCUGUAAUAUACCAAAGAAGCAAGAGUCUCAGCCCUAGCCACCUGGGCUACCAGCAGUCCAGUCUGAUGGCUACGCAAGUUUCCAUUCCAGAUGUGCACAGGUCCGUGCUGGUGCACACAGGCUCCCCCAGCCAAAGCUCAGCGGGGCUCCACCAUUCUCCAGCCAAUCAGCAGUCUUCCCCCGUGAUUCACUGUUCUCCAUCAACCAACCAGCAGCUAAGGUGUGAAAGCCAUCAAGAAUUUCAGCACAUCAUGUGCAGCGAAAAUUUCGCAACCAGCGGAGUGAGACCUGGCCAGACUCAGGUCAGCCAAGCGCAAAGGCUAAGUCCAACCUCGUACCCUACCGUGAUUCAGCAGCAGAGAACGGCAAAAAACGGGCCGCCAGUAAGUGACCCGAAAGAAGUAUUGCCAACUGGAGUGACUGUUAAGCAGGAACAGAACCUUGACCAAGCCUACUUGGAUGAUG